AUGUCUCAAUACGUUUCCGCUGAUUUGAUCUGGGAGGUUACCAGAUCCCAGAACGCUUUCUUGGUCAAGCGCUCAACUGGUGGUGGAAGCACCUUCUCCAGAGAUCCCUUGAACUUGACCAACAAGCACUCCAGAAAGUAUGCUGGUUUCGUCAACGACAAGGCCGUCGGUGUUGUCCCAUCUGAGAAGGGUGUUACUUUGAUCACCAAGAAGACCUCUGCCAGCCAAAAGCCAGCAUCCAGCUUGAACAAGACCACCUACAGCAAGUCCGGCAGAAAGACCUUCGCUGGUGUCGCAAAGACCGUCGCCCAAGGUGGAUACAGAUCAGACCUCCGUGCUGAAGCCGUCGCCCGUUCCUCCGCUAUCCUCGAAUCCCAAACCCCCAAGAAAGAUGCCCCAGCACCAAAGCUUAGAGGAUCCAAGGCCGCCAAGGCUGCCGAGAAGGAAGAGUAA